AUGAAAGAACGGAAAAGAGCACAAUUUGAGCAUAAAAACUCAUCUCUUGGCAUUGUUCAAGCUUUACAGAACGAUAAUGCUGUUUCUGAAGGAAGUUGUACUUCUCGCAACGGAAGGAGAACAACCAGCAGCAGUCGUAACAACAACAACGACAACCCUCUACGACAAGUGAGACCUUUCCGCCAUUCUACCAUUAUGACAGAUGCUAUGUUCAAGACAGUACCUACAUCUUCUCCUCACUCUUCAAAAGGACACCAUGGAAGGAGCGCAAAAAGCAGCAAUAACAGCAACAGUUUCUAUAUCUGGGCUCGAUUUUUGGUAUCCCUCUAUUACAAUAAACUUGCUGUUAAUAUGUUUGGAUUUUGGACUGGUUGGUCAUGGUACAAUAAAAUUGACGACUAUAUUAUUUUGGGAGCUCUACCGACUCCCAUUCAAGUGAGAGCUUUACAUCAGCAUGAAAAUGUAGAGACCAUUGUGAAUUUAUGCGCGGAAUUUCCUGGUUAUCAAAAACUGUAUCGACGACUCCAAAUAACUCAAAUUCGAUUAGAGACACCCGAUUUUGCGAUACCAAAUUUAGAUACCCUACUGAACGGUGUGGAAAAGAUAGUCGAAAUGAAGAAAAGGAAACCAAAGAGUAUGAUUUAUCUACAUUGUAAAGCUGGAAGAGGUAGAAGUGCAGCCAUGGCCAUAUGCUAUUUAUUAAGAACAUAUCUUCUCAAUUUGCAUGAAUGUCAAACACUUUUACUACACAAGAGGCCUCAGAUUGACACAAACCUAGAGCAGAGCCAUGAGCUAAGAUUAUUCAGCAAACAUGUUAUUGCUGAUGCCGAGUCAGGCAGAAUAACGAGGAUACCUUAUAUGAUGGAUAGUAAGGGCAAAGGGUCGUAA